AUGACUGUUGGUGUUGAUAUCAAUCCUAAAAAAUUAUUACAACAAUUUUACGAAUCAUCAAUCAUUGAGAAUGAAAAUUUAAUUGAAUUAUUGGGGAUUGUCAAACCUUUAAAAUCUAAAAAUUCCGACUCACAAUCUUUUACAUCAAUAGUAAGAGGAUUAUAUACAAAGAAUACUAAAUUAUUAUCAAUUAUAAAUUCAUCACUAAAGGAAAUAGAUGGUAAUGAGAUACAAGUUUUUAAAAAUUUCAUUAAUGAUUUUUUACUAUGGUUAGAUAGUAACGGAUUGAUAUUAUUUGAAAAAUAUUCACAUCAGUUGAACUUACAAUCUGAUAUUAAUGAAAAGUUAAUAAAUCCAAUUAAUAAUAUAAACAAUAUCAUAAGUUUCAUAAACUCAUGUUCUCAAUUUAUAAGAAAUCCAUUCAUUGUUGAAAAAUUAAAAACUAAUGAAGAUGAAUUGCAGAGCAUAAUAAAUGAGUUUAGAUUAAAUUCAGACUCAAAAAAGUUAAAUAACAUACAUUUUACAAAUAUCAAGUCAUUUGGAAAUUUAAAUAAAGAAUCAGUCUCGAGUUAUUUCACAAUCGAACAAAUAAAAGAAAGAACUUCAAAUUCAAAUUUAUACAUGGAUGAUAAACCAAUAGAACUAGUAUUAUUAGAUCUUAUUGGUAUUGGUAAAUACAAUGCAUUAGCUAUAUUAUCAAUUGAUUUACAUGACAAUACCGAAGUUUCAAGAACGUUAAUUUAUCCACCAUUUAGAAUUAAUGAAUUAUCAAUGUCUCAUACAUCUUCAACUAUAGAAUUAAAAGCUAUUAAUUUUGCAGAAUCAAAUCAUGAAGAAAAUUUACUUAUUGAAUUUCAAGAUGGAUUAUUAUUAGAAUCUUGGGUUUCUAAAUUAUCUACAAUAUGUCCAUUAGCAAGAAAUAAUUCUCCAAUAAGUAGUGAUAAAUUUCUAUUAAGUUGUCCAAAUCAAAAUAUGUCAGGUUUAGGUAUUAAUGUAAUUACUGAUUCUGAUCAUAAGAAAUUCAUGUCGCUGGAAGAAACUUUAAUAUUAUCAAAGAAACAAGAACAAUUUAAAGAAUUAAUAUCACCACCGUCAUCACCUAUAAAAAGAUCAAAUUCAUCAAUCCACAGUCAAUAUGAUAAAUCAUUACCAUUAAUUAAGAAAUCCUUGGGUGAAGAUAGUGAUGAUGAUGAUGAUAAAUUAUUCCAUAUAAUAAAUAGAAGAAAAUUAAGUGAAGAUGAUGUCAAAAAUAAUGAAAGACCAAUAAGUAUACGUGCUGAAAUUGAAGAAUUAACUCCAGAUAGUAUAAACAUCAAUAAUGAUCCAAUUAAUAUUCAAGAAUUACCAUAUAAUAAAAAUAUAUUUGCAAAUUCAAUGCCCAAUUUAACUAAUAAACUGUCAUUUUAUGAAUUAUCAACUGGAUCAGCUGUCGAUAUUAAUAAUUUUGGAUCUAAUUAUAAACCAAGUUUUACAUUAUUAGAUAAUGAUUCAACAACUACGUUAUCAGCACCACAUAAAUCAAAACCAAGAAGAAAAUCAAUAUUUAGUAUUUUUAAGAAAUCAAAUAAAUCAACAGAUACAUUAAACGUAGUACCAGAAUCAGAAUCAAAAAAAGAAGAGAGACCACAAUUAUCAAGAUUUUCAUCUUCAUUACCUGGUCCAUUUGCAUUACCAUCUCCUACAAGUACCACAUUUUUCAAAAAAGAAGAUACUCCAAUAGAUAUUGAAUUAAAUAUACCUCAAGAUUUAAAAGGAUGUAUUAAUCAGGAUUCAACUGAAGAUUUUUAUAUCAGUGAAUCAUCACCAAAAUCACUUAAAAUAUCAAAAUGGAAACAAAAUCAAGGUAAUUAUGAAAUGUUGUCCAUUUCAGAAAAAUUAUUCAUUAAAAUUGCACUUAAUAGGGAAAUGGCAAAAUGUUGGUUUAUUGUAUUCGAAGAAGAAGUCAUAAAUGAUGAAGAAAUAGACAAACCUGUAUUAUUAUUAAACCUUAAUUCACAAACUGAGAUACGACAAUCUGCAUUAGAUUUGCAAAUCAAUACAACAGAUGCCAUAAAUAACAAGAAAACAUUAAUUAUGAUUAGAUGUUCAAAUGGAAAUUUAUCAAACGAGAUAUUAACCAAUUUGCAAGAUUCAAUUAAUGAAUUACCUACAAGUCUUAAAUCUUCAAAAUUAUUAACUUCAGAUAAUACAAUUGCAAGUUCAAUGAUGGGAUAUUCAAAAUCUUCAACAUUUACAAGUUUAAGUUCAAUUGAUUUUAAUUCAAGAAAUGAUGAAGAAUUACAUAAUUCAUGUAUUUUAAAUAAUCCAAAUUCGACAAUUAAAAAUGAAAUUCAACAAACAAUAAGAUUACAAACGAAUUUAGAUGGUCAAAUACAUAACCCAUCUAGUUGGAAAAUACUCAGCAUGUUUAAUUUACAAGUUAAUAAGAUAAUAGAUCAUCUUACAUUGAAAAGCUUUUAUCAAUUUAAAAUGACAAAUGAUGAGGAUGAAUAUAAUUGGUUAAUUCCGGAAGAAACAAGAUUUAAUACUUUAGAGAAAAUAGGUAAGGCUGGAUUAUUAAUCAAAUGCAAUGAAUCAGAAAUCUACAUGAUUGAAUGCAAGGGUAAGAAAGAUUUUAAAAAAUUGUAUGAUAUAUUUAUGUAA